AUGCCACCAACAACAUGCCAGAACUGCCAGGAGUCGCGCGCAGUGAUCAUCCGACCGAAAAACCGCCACAAGCUCUGCCGCGAAUGCUUCAUCCAGAUCUUCGAGCUCGAAGUCCACGAGACAAUCACAAGCGCAAACCUAUUCUUCCGCGGCGAGCGCAUCGCAAUCGGAGCCAGCGGCGGUAAAGAUAGUACCGUCCUAGCCGCUGUGCUGAAAACCCUCAACGAGCGAUACGACUACGGACUCGACCUUUGCUUACUCUCGAUCGAUGAGGGAAUCCGCGGCUACCGCGACGAUAGUCUGGAGACCGUGAAGCGGAAUGCGGUGCAGUACCAGAUGGCGCUUGAGAUCGUCGGAUACGGCGAGCUAUAUGGGUGGACGAUGGAUCAGGUGGUGGAGCAAGUGGGCAAGAAGGGAAACUGCACUUACUGCGGCGUGUUUCGGCGACAGGCGCUUGAUCGGGGAGCGGCGCGGUUGGGCAUCAACCAUGUUGUUACGGGGCAUAAUGCGGAUGAUGUUGCGGAGACGGUUAUGAUGAAUUUGCUGCGUGGUGAUCUGCCUAGAUUGUCGCGUGGAACGAGUAUCGUCACUGCGUCUGGGGCUUCGGAUAUCAAGCGCAGCAAGCCGUUAAAGUACGCAUAUGAGAAAGAGAUCGUUCUCUACGCCCAUCACCGACAGCUGGAUUAUUUCAGUACCGAGUGCAUUUAUUCACCUGAGGCUUUCCGGGGCAGUGCACGCACCUUGAUUAAAGAUCUGGAGAAGAUCCGGCCCAGUUCCAUUCUGGAUAUUGUUAAGAGUGGCGAGGAUAUGGCUGUUCUGGUGCCGGGGCAAGGGAAUGCACCCGGAAAGAGCUGCAAGUCUUCUUCUUCUGCUCCCAUUGCUGCCGGUGCUGAUGAUGAGGCUGCUGGUGGCUGUGGAAGUCAGAAUGGACGGUCCAGUGGUGGGGAGAUGGCUGCUAUGGAGCACCAACUCGCUGCUAAUGAGACUGCAGAGUCUCGCGAGACUGAGAUUAGGCUCCCAAGGAAAGGAGCUGACCAGAAGAAGAUCAAGACUCAAACUUUACAGCAUUGUGUGCAGUGUGGUUAUAUCUCGAGUCAGCGCAUCUGUAAGGCGUGCAACCUUUUGGAUGGACUGAACCGUAAUCGGCCCAAGACUGCGAUUGAAGUCGGCUUGGAAGAUGAGGAGGGCAGUUCGACAUUGGCGAGACAGAUGGAGCGCGCUCAGUUGACCAACAGCUGA